AAAAGCGGACCCAGUGAUCCCUGGCCCAGCGACGACAAGAGGUCGCUGAUUUCGGCCGUUCAUGUUCGGAUGAACAAGAUUGAUGGAGUCGUUUAAACGGUGAACAACUGCAGACACAAAACUAGCUCCCAUAUAGUGUGUGUUCCUUCCGAUCCUUGUGGCUGUUGCGAAGAGAGGACAAGAGAAUAUCGCAAAACAAGAAUUCGACAAAGAGAAAAUGACCGGUAUCGAUGUGAAGAUGAUUCGCCUAGUGGUGUUCGCUUCGCUCUUUGGUGUCGCAGUUUUGUGCAUCGUUGCCGUCUGCGCUUUUCUUCUUCACAGACAUUUGACUAGCAAGAUAAGAAAAUGGAAGUUACCUUCGCUGCCCGCUACCACUCGCAUCAAAAUCAGUGGCAGCCCUCUGGAUACAGACGCUCACAUUAAACUACUCCAUCAGCAGCCGCGUUUAGGUGGAUCCGGAAUGACAAUGGCCGAAAUAAGCCCUCUGGUGCGUCACAAACCGUUGUGCAAUUUCAAACAAGUCGAUGCUGAUCCACAGCCGAUGGGUAGAUGCAAUACUUUGACGACUCAGCAUCAAGUUGCGUCAUCAACGAAGACCCUCAUCCGGCCGUUGAGUCAAUCAGCGCAGUACCUGGCACGGCCAAGUUCACAGAUGUUCCAGCAGACGUCAUUGACCAAUCUGAUCGGAAGCCAUUACACUAGCGACAGCAAUGAAGGACACGAGCGUAACAUUGACGAUUGCCAACAGACACCACAAGUGGAACUCACUUUGGUUUACGUCUCCGCUUCCGCCCAGCUCUUGGUGCACGUCCACCGACUUUCGAACGUGACACUCGUCCGUUACGGGAAGGAAUCGAGCAACGUUACAGUCAAAGUAGCGUUGGAUGGCCGCAUCAGGCGAGUUUUUCGUUCCGUUCUGAUUGCUCCCGUCAGCUCAUCAAUCGGCCAGCCGACGAAAUCGCAGCAGCCGCAGCAACGGUGCGCACAGGUAUUCAAGUUUGCUGACGUCACGACCGACGACCUGCUGAACGGACAUUUGACCAUAACUAUUUACCUAGUGCGAGGGCGAUGGAAAAGCGACAAGAAAAUUGGAUUCUUUACUCUCCGCCUCGGAGAAAUGGCGCUGGCUGACGGUAUCCCUCAAUCUCGUACGGGAUUUCUUAGUCACGAUAAAACGGACGGCGUCGGGAAAAACAAAAAAGACGCUCAGACAGAACCGUGCCGACGGAUCACGGGAGUGCCCGAACUGGGCCAGCUUCUUAUUUCUCUCCGACGGGAGCAACAAUCUACCGCUGAAACCUCGUCGUUUCGCCUAAAAAUCCUGAUACACCGAGCCCACGGAUUGCCAUCAACCAAAACUGUGUUUGAACCCGAGUAUAUCGUCAUGGUCAACGCCUCCUAUCCUGAUGGAGGAUCUGAAAUAAAGGAAACCAAGCCUGCGAGGGGAAAAGCUCCUGAAUGGAACCAGACCAUAGAAUUCGACGUAACUGAUCGACCGGGUUCACAGGGGAUGUCAGGAUGGCGUAGGCACAAUAUCUAUCUGGAAUAUAUAAUACCAUGAUCAAACAAAAGCGAUCAAGAUGAUAAUACCUGGACCGUUUCACUCGCCCAACUUUCCUAUCGAUCAUGUUUGUAAUUAUUCUUGGCUCGGGGGAGAAAUAAGGUGUAGGGGAAAGAAAAAGUGGCCGUCUAAAUGCGUUCCAAGACAAAAGUUUGUGAUGAAUAAUAGGAUUAUGAUGGCUUUUCUACGAAAAACAAAUUCAGGCCAGAUUAAGUAUGUCGAUAACGAAAAUUCGAGGGGGUUGUCUGGGGAAAACAACAAAAACAUGCGUAAUGCAAUAAACAUUCUUGGCUUCGUUAUUAAAUAGCCUUUUGGAACGAGGUUAUUGUAUUUGAUGAAUUUGAAUUGCGAAUUAGCGCGCCUACGUUAAGGUGUGAUUCAGCACACCCCAAAAGAUUAAAGGCCCACAUCGCAAUGCAAAAGUUUCUGAGAUAACCUCGUUUCCUUUUUGCUUCGUUGUCCCUUUAAAAAUAAAAAAAUUCGAAAUCCAAAGAGACCGAUUCAUCGUUUUACGCAGGCUAAUGCCAUCUAGGCGCUUAUAGAAGCAAGCUUGUUGUCUCUGUGUCUUGCAUAAUUUUAUUCGAAACGCCCGCAAACGUUGUGCAAGGGCACGGUGAGCAAAGAAAUCGGUCGAACAAGUGCGCACGGUCUCAACUGAUAAAUGAUACCUGUCGAUUGCAUAUCAGCCGCUGACCUUUCGGGUCGAUAUACAGAGUAUAUCGUGACAGAUAAGUUUGAUCUCUCAGCUGAUUGAUGAAGAUCGUAUAAGAAAUUAAUGAUUAACUUCAUCGUUUUCAAGUAUUGCUG